UUCAGAAUUUCUUACUAUUGGAUGAAAUCAACCAAAACAAUAAUAAAGUCAAUGAUAGCGAUGAAAAUACACUAUUAAUGAUCGAUAGAAAUAAUCAAAUGAAUUACAUUCAAAAUAAUAAUAAUAUUGAAAAGUGUGAUAAUUAUUGUAUAGUUGUAAAUGAAAUGUCAGCGAAUUGGAAAUCAGAAUCGACAGAAUCGACAAUAAAAAACAUAUCAAUGAAUGCAAAAUCCGGAGAUUUAAUUGUGGUUAUCGGACCCGUAGGCGCCGGAAAGACAACUUUCCUGAUGUCACUGUUGAAUGAGUUGUCCAUAACUGGAGGUUCGGUCACAACGAACGGAUCCAUAGGUUAUGUAUCGCAGGAGUCGUGGGUUUUCAACGCAAGUGUUGUACAGAAUAUUGUGUUCGGAAAACAAUACAAUGAAAAGCGGUUUCGAGAAGUGAUAGCCGUUUGUGCGUUGGAUAAGGAUUUAGAUUCCCUUCCCUUCAGAGACAACACUAUUGUCGGCGAAAGAGGAGUCCUUUUG